AUGGUGGGCACUCGUAGUAAUGGUAACCCAUCCAAUGGCAGCGGUCAGAUGCCUGAAGCAGAUCCGCAGCAGCUUUUAGCGAUGAUUCAAGGGCUGGUAACGAACCAGCAAUUCUUAGCUGGGCAUUUGCAGCAGGAGCCUCAGCACCAGCAUCCACCUCGCCCAGAGCCUGGUGUUAGAGAGUUUCGAUAUAUGCGGCCUCCUUCUUUCUCCGGUGCCGAAGGAUCUCUAGCAGCAGAGGAGUUCCUCAAGGUCACGGAGACUAUCCUUACGGUGACUCGUAUUCCCCCUGCAGAGUGGGUAGAUCUCAUGGAUGUUCAGCUCACGGAUACAGCUAGAAUCUGGUGGGCUGCUGAGAAGACACACCUAGAGAGGCCGAUUCUGUGGGAAACGUUCACGGAUCGCUUCAAUAGGAAGUAUUUUCCUCAGUCGGCCCGAGAUGAGCUCCUGCGUAGAUUUGUCGAGCUCAAGCAAGGGGGUCGAUCAGUCGACGAGUACGAGGCUGAGUUUUCUUCUUUGAGCCGAUAUGCUCCCCACUUGGUUACAGACCCUACGAUUAGGAGGCAUCAGUUUCAAAAGGGUCUGGACAAGUACAUUAGGAUGGCUCUUGCAGGUAGAGCUUUGGCGACCCAUGAUGCGGUGUUGGAUGCAGCACGGGAGAUUGAGAGCGUGCAUAAGGAGCCUGAAGACUCACACGUGAUUCAGAGCAGGACAGUUGGAACUGUCCGCAGCGGCAGCCGGCCAGUUUGCCCCCACCUCCAGUUCGAGCAGCUCUCCCAGCUCCACCUCGGCCAGCCCCGGCAGCACAGCCUCAGCACAAAUCCUAUCCUCGAGCUGGGCCUCUCCCUCCACAGCAGCAGCUUUAUCAGGAAACACACAGGCAGCAACCUCAGCGACAGAUGUUCAUGA